AUGCAAGGCGUCGUGCAACUCUUCUACAUUGCCUGGGCACCGAAGGUCAAAGACUUUUCUACACAUUACAGGACACAGAGAGCCUGCGGUGAGACCAAAGCUGUGGGCCUCACCUGGGCAAGCUCGCACUGGGCCUGUUUAGCGGUAUCACUCGCACUAGCUUUGAAUGGUGUCUUCACAAAUACCAUCAAGUUGAUAGUUGGCAGGCCAAGGCCAGACUACUUCCACCGUUGUUUCCCUGAUGGACAGAUGAAUGCAAAGAUGCUGUGUACUGGAGAGUCAGACCUGGUGUCUGAGGGCCGGAAAAGUUUUCCCAGCAGCCAUUCCUCCUUUGCUUUCUCUGGUCUGGGCUUUACUUCAUUCUACUUGGCAGGCAAGUUGCAGUGCUUCACAGCUGCCGGACGCGGGCGCAGCUGGCGUCUCUGUGCCAUGAUCCUGCCCCUCUACAGUGCAAUGAUGAUUGCCCUGUCCCGCACCUGCGACUACAAACAUCACUGGCAAGAUGCUUUUGUUGGGGGAUUGAUCGGCCUCUUCUUUGCCUACAUCUGUUAUCGGCAGCACUACCCACCCAUCCUGGAUGUAGACUGCCACCUGCCAUAUGCUAGUCUGGCUGCAGCAACUGCCCACAACAUGCCAACCUCCCAGGAUCAACCUCUGCCCAUGGAUAAUGCCACCAGCCUGCCUCUGGAGGGCAUGACUGAGGGACCAGUAUGACUAAUAGAGACCCCCCAAGGCUCACACC